ACGUUAAAAUCUCCCCAGCAGUUUGUUUCCUCUCCGCGAAGCGAUUAGGGGAGGAUGAUUGCGGGAAGGCAAAUCUCUAGAUGUGCUAAUUGUCGUCUAUCGAUUCUUGGUUCGCUUAUUUCGAAAGUACGACUCCCUGUGCCGGCAGUGAGGGGCCGCCUACGGACUAAAGCGUUUGAUGGACGGAGAGCAUUUCGUGCAUCGGCGGUCCAGCUUGAGGCGCUGGAGGUCGAGAGCCAGUCAGAUGUUUUCCUCCAGCCCAUCGAGGUCACCAAAUCUGAAGAAUCACCGAAGCCGGAGCCGGGGAACCCCACCGUAGGAGCCUCUGAAACAUCUGAAGUUCAAGAACGCUCCGAUGUGGUCCCAAGAGUUGACGAUACCAGAUACCAUGAGCCAACCGCGAUCGAUCCAGCGGGAGCCUCAGUGGAAGCCUCGGGACCCCCGGAGCCAACCACGCCAACACCCCCGAAGACCAGCGACUCAACAGAAGGAUCAGUGCCCUGGUAUCUCCGUGUCAAGACCCCUGUAUCGAAGUUUCACCCCCUAGCCGAGCGGCAAACGCUUCCGCCCCUUCCGGAGGAUCCCCCUCCUGCUUUGCAGGCUGUGCUCACCCAAUUGUCCGGAGAGGAGGGUAUCGAUUAUCUGAAAGUCCUGGACCUCAGAGCCCUGGACCCCGCUCCGGCACUCGGCGAGAACAUUGUGAUGAUCAUUGGCACCGCCCGCUCGGGACGACAGUUACAUAUGUGUUCGGAUAGAAUUUGCAGGUGGUUGAGGAAGGAAUUUGGUAUGAGGCCGUUCGCGGACGGGUUAGUUGGUCGGGGGGAAUUGAAGCUGCAACAAAGGAGGGCGAGAAGGCGGGGGAAAUUGACUAUUGCUCAAUCGGGCAUAGAAGAAGCUGCAGGAUGGGUAUGCAUUACUGCCGGUAGCCAAGGACUGGUGAUACAGCUUUUCACGCGGAACAAGAGAGAGGAGAUUGAUUUGGAAUCGCUAUGGGGCAAAGAGCUAGAGAGGGAUGCUAAAAAAAGGGAAGCCGAGCAGAGAGUCGCCGAAGGGAAGGAGCAGGGGACGUUCGGGGCUUUUGGAAGAGGAUUAUCUACGAGGUUUCCCAUACCAGGGAGUGUCCAAGCUAGAGCUUUCCACUCGCAAUCUCGACAUCCAUCGCAGAUGGUCACAGAGUUCCCAGCUGGGAACUUGGUCCGGUUUGCGGAAGACCGCAUUAACGUAGACACGCACGUCCGGAAAGGGCAUUACUGGAGGUUAGUCCCUCGAGUCUCCGAAGCAUUUGACCCGGACGCAGAUCUUAAGAAUGCAGCGUACCUCAUGGAGGCCCACAUAAACCACCUGCGGAACAAGUUCCGCGGGAAUAAUUACUCCGGAAAAUUAACGGGGGGAUGUAAACUCCUCGGCCAGGGCAUAGAAGAUCGAACAUCGACUGAGUUCUUACAAUCCUACUUCAAAUACUUCCCCAAACGCCCACCUCCCACGCACCUCCGUCUACACCUCCAGUUCCUCACCGAAACCAACCGAAUAGCCCCCGAAAGGUACCCCCUCUCUGAGAUCACAUCCUUCCUAAAAACCCUCCCGGAACCGGUCCCAGCGGAGCUCUACUAUAUCUGCAUGCGUGCAAUCGCCGACUCACCGGAACAUCGCUCCUACAAAAUCCCAGCCUCAGAAGCCGCGGCCCUACGUCUAUCCCUAAUCCAAGGCCUAGCAGAGCACUUCGACCCAACCUCAACACUAUCGCGGCGCAUCCCAGAAUUCCAAUUCUGUAAAUUUCGCGCGCUUGUCCACAAAGCCGUCACGCAGGUACUUCUUGCCGCCAAGACCGUCUGUUCGAUGAGGCGUGCUGAAGCGGGCAAGGAAGCCGAUGGCGCCAUUAAAAAAUUCAACAUCCGCGUCGGCACCUAUCCUCUCGACCCACGACUGAUAAAAGUCGAGCGCGAGAGCAUUGAGCAGAAAUGCCAGUCCUACGCCAUUCGCGAAUACACCGAGCAGGUUAUGGCCGCGUACGUCGCCGCAGACCACUGGACUGCGCUGUGGAAUCGUUGGAAGAACUUGAAGUAUAUGUCUGUCAGACGGGAUCAGGAGUUCUACGAGCUACUCAUCGGGUUGGUGGUCGUGGGCGCGAAGCAGAAGGAGGGGGUGUAUGCUGCUAGGCAUAUCUGGAAUGACAUGAGGAGGGAGACGCCCAAGGUUCCGAUGACUGCUGGGAUCGCGAAGGGGCUUUUGGCGGUUGUUCAGCUUGCUGAGAGAGAUUCUAACCCCAGUGGGGAGUUUGCGGAGUUGAAGGCGGGGUGUAACGGGUAUUUAGAGGGGUGGCAUAAGUGGAGAGUGGAGAAAGGGCUGGUAGAGGAGAAGGAAGGUGCUGCUGCUAAUGUUGCGGGAGAGAGGAAGGCUGGGGAGGGGAGUGAGGGGGCGAUUGUAUGAUAGGGGAAUUUUCGUUGAUUUAUACCUUGGCCGAUUACAGGAGAUUCUGUGUAUAAAUUGGGCCAUUUUCUCUUUUCUUUUCCUUGUGUAGUUAGAGACCCACCAUAUAUGUAGAUGCAUGAUUCCCAGUGCUCGAUGCACCUAAG